AUGAAAACCAAAUAUCAUAAACUAGAGAGAACCUUGCUUUCACCUCUUUCUUCUUCAUACAAGACCAAUAAUAAUACUGCAUGGUCUAUAAUGGCUCUUGGGGAGUUCAACCAUAGAGCCAAAUGGAUAGCAUCAUGGAUGAUUCUCGGUUGCCUUCUCUUUGCUGUAAGCGAAGUUAGAAGUGCAGACAGGCUCCUCAGAAGUAACAAUACAUAUAAUAAUGUCAAGGAGAAUGAGACCGGAGAGGGAUUUGCUAUGAAGCUGCUGCACUUCUUCUGGCAAAGUGGAAAAUCUUCUUACCAACCUGUCUGGCCUGACAUGGAGUUUGGUUGGAGACUGGUGUUGGGAUCUGUGGUUGGAUUCUUCGGUGCAGCUCUGGGGAGCGUUGGAGGGGUUGGAGGAGGUGGAAUAUUCGUUCCCAUGCUUACUCUCAUCAUUGGGUUUGAUCCAAAAUCCUCAACUGCCAUUUCCAAAUGUAUGAUCAUGGGUGCAGCAGGAUCCACUGUGUACUACAAUUUGAGACUAAGGCACCCAACACAAGACCUGCCCUUAAUAGACUAUGAUCUAGCAUUGCUCUUUCAGCCUAUGCUUAUGCUGGGAAUUAGCAUCGGUGUUGCCUUCAAUGUCAUGUUUGCUGAUUGGAUGGUCACUGUGCUGCUUAUCAUCCUCUUCUUAGCUACCUCAACUAGAGCAUUAUUUAGAGGGAUAGAUACCUGGAAGAACGAAACACUGUUGAAGGAAGAAGCCAAGCUGUAUGAAGCACAAUCAAAACAAGUUGAUGGUCCUGAUGGGGAAUAUAAACCACUUUUGACUAGUUCUACUCCGAAAGUAGAAAAGGUUCCUCUGCAUCAGAAUAUUUACUGGAAAGAGUUGAUACUGUUAGUAUAUGUUUGGCUAGCUUUCCUUGCAGUUCAGAUAAUCAAGACAUAUACUGAAGCGUGUUCAGUUGAGUAUUGGGUCCUAAAUGCCUUGCAGGUGCCUAUUGCUGCGUCAAUCACAAUCUACGAAGCUGUUAGCUUAUUUAAGGGCACUAAAGUGAUUAAAUCAAGGGGAAAAGAAAUAACUUGGAAACCUCAUCUACUAUUUCUUUACUGUUGUUGUGGCAUAGUAGCUGGUAUGGUCGGUGGAUUGCUUGGUUUAGGAGGCGGUUUUAUAUUGGGACCCCUCUUCUUAGAGUUGGGAAUUCCUCCUCAGGUGGCAAGUGCGACAUCAACAUUUGCAAUGACCUUCUCAUCAACUAUGUCUGUCGUACAAUAUUACAUGCUGAAACGUUUCCCAGUUCCAUAUGCUGCUUAUUUUGUUCUAGUGGCCACAAUGGCCGCCUUCACUGGUCAACAUGUAGUGAGGAAGAUCAUAGUUUUAAUGGGAAGGGCGUCUAUAAUCGUGUUUAUACUAGCUCUAACAAUCUUCAUUAGCGCAAUCUCAUUGGGAGGUGUGGGCAUAGUGAACAUGGUUGAGAAGCUGGCAAAUCAAGAAUACAUGGGGUUUGAAAAUAUGUGUUAUCAAUCCUAGUUGAAAUGUCCUUUGGAUGAAUCAAUCAAUGGAUAUGGAUGGAAGAGAAUUGGGAUUGAAAUUGAGGAGAGAUAACUCUUCCUAGAUAAAAACCCUACAUGAUUCACUUAAUUCUAUAUCCUUUUGUGCAAGUAAAAAAAACAAACAAAAUGAAUAGUUUAUUGUAACGUUGUUGACAUAAAGAUUUGUUGUUCAUUUAAGGCUGCUGGCAUCGGAAGCCCUAAAACAAUAAACUGUCUGCGAUUUCCAUCGCAUCAUCUUCUUCUGUAAACAAUAUACAUAUAUAAAAAGAAUUUGACAAUUAUGUUUA